AUGCAAAAACUUUAUGAAUCUUCAUACUUAAUAUCGAUAUCUGACGGAAAUAAAGGGUCUAUUGUCGAGUCAUAUCCUGAAGGUGCAAAAUUACUUGAAAAUGAAGAACUUUUUUCGAUUGAUUGCUAUCCUGGAAGCUUAUCAAAGGAGAAACCUAUUGUAUUUACAUUUAACAUCGAUCAAACCUUUUACUUUUCACUUUCUUUUCCCAUUGAAGGUACAAUUUACGUUAUUUCAAUAGAAAGUAAGCUUCCAUUUUCAUAUUUGUUCACAGAGUUCUUAAAGGAAGCGAUCAAUGAGUUUGAAAAGAAUGAAUUUCACGAUCCUUCUCUUCGAUUUGCGUAUAUUACAUCAUUAUUGGCUACUUGGGAUAAUGAAUUAAAAACUGAUAUCGAAUUAAACUUUCCUGCAGGUAUGACAAGCGUUUCCAUAUCAGAGGAUCACUAUACAUUUGGCCAAUAUGGUUUUUGGGCAUAUUUUUCUCCAAAUGAAAUUUUACAAGCGUAUGAUUGCUUAAUACGCGAUGAAGCCAUACUUCUCAUUGCAAAUGACCCUCAUACAGCUAAUAAAGCAAUGUUCUCGCUUUUGUCUUUAUUUUCUCCGAUUCAAUUUUUUGGACCAAUGGCGCUUUGGAUGCCCGAAAAAGAUCCUAGACUACAAAAUAUACCAGCAACAAAUCUCAAAGUAGUUUGUACUCCUGCAGAAAAAAUAGAUAGCAUGAAAUAUUUUAAUUGUAUACUUAGCAUAUCGCCAAAGAAGGUUUGUGAUUACCCAGAUUAUAGAAAUCCAUUUGUUAAUAGAAACAGGUACUCAAGGUAUCUGAUAACAGCUGCAUUAGAUGAUAUGUUAUUAGAAGAUCCUUUUUCUGACAUUAUACCACUCCAAAUACCAGAAUCUUUGAUUAAAUCUAUUGUUAAUGAAAGUCCUGACGUGAAAUACGAUGAAAAAGCCGCAUCUGCAUUUAAUACGAGUUUAUCAUGGAAAAUAUGGAGAAGUAAGAAUAUAUAUAGAUCAACAUGGCUUGAAGCUAUGAAAAGCAUGAGUCCAAAUGAUAUUAUUAACAAACAUAAUAAACCUGAAGAAUUAAAGAUCAUAAAGGAGUCUCUACAUCAUAUUCCAAGUGAAUUUAAGAAUGAUAAACACUUGAUGGCUCUAGUAAGAAAUUACAAAAAGAUUAUUGAACCUUUAUUGAAAUAA